AUGACAGCAACCGCAAGGAGUGACGAGGAGGAGCGGGCGGGUCUUCAUGAGGAGACGGAUAUGCAGGCAAAUGUUCCAACCAUACCCACUUUCGAAGCUAUGGGGUUAAAAAAAGAUCUGCUUCACGGUAUGUAUGGCUACGGUUACAAGAAACCUACCGCCAUCCAGAAGCGCUUCGUUGCGCCGUUCCUACAGUCGCGGGAUCUGGUAGCACAGGCAUCGUCAGGCUCGGGAAAGACUUCAGCAUUCUGUAUUUGUCUUUUGCAGGCAAGUGAACCCACAUUACGUGAGACACAGGGACUUGUUCUGAGCCCCACAAGGGAGCUGGCACUACAAACUCAGGACUUGUGCAAUAACAUAGGCCAUUACAUGGGCAUCUCUGCUUAUGCCGCCAUUGGGGGGAAAAGCAUAGAAGAUGAUCUCCGGCGCUUAGAGAGUGGCGUGCAGAUCGUGUCUGGUACCCCCGGCCGCGUGUUUGAUAUGAUUAAGCGCCGUCAUCUGCGUGUUAAUCAUCUCAAAACACUUGUUUUGGAUGAGGCGGACGAAAUGCUUGGAAAGGGGUUUAAAGCACAGAUACAUGAUAUUUACCGUAUGAUUCCGCCACUUCAAGUAGUACUUGUAUCUGCUACCUUGCCGGUGGAUGUGCUGGAUAUGACUGAGAAGUUCAUGACAGAACCAGUGCGCAUUCUUGUGAAGCGCGACGAGAUCACUGUAGAUUCCAUUAUGCAGUACUUCGUUUCCGUGGAUGAAGAAAAGAAUAAAUUUGAUACAUUAUGUGAUUUGUACGAUACUCUGACCAUUGCUCAUGCCGUGAUAUUCUGCAAUACCCGCAAGAAAGUAGAGCAACUCGCGAAGAAAAUGACCAAGGAGAAAUUCACCGUUAGUUUCAUGCAUGGAGAUAUGCCCCAGGCGGAGCGGGAUGAGAUUAUGCGAAACUUCCGCGAGGGCAAAAGUCGUGUGUUGAUUUCAACGGACUUGUGGUCACGCGGUAUUGAUGUCGAGCAGAUAUCGCUGGUACUCAACUACGACUUGCCCUUCUCCCGUGAACAGUACAUCCAUCGUAUUGGUCGCACGGGGCGAAUGGGGCGGAAGGGGCUGGCAAUUAGUUUUGUGAAGCACGAUGAACUGAGGCUGUUGCGUGACAUUGAGCAGUUCUACGCCACACAAAUUGAAGAACUACCAGCAAACGUCGGUGAACAGUUCUAA